AUGCAGAACAGCAGCACCCAGCGGCGCGACCACUCCUUCGGAGCAAGCCAAGUGAUCCCACGAGCAACUGCCCGAAACAACGUUAGCCCGCCCGCUGUAGACGGUUUCUGUCCUCCUGUCUCGACGCCGUGGCUGCCGGUUGGGCCUCUCUUCUACAUACUUUCUUCUCCACGGCUCGCACGGCAAGUGGGUAGACCGGGACGGAAUACAGCCUGCAAGUGCAUUCGGAGUAUCCCGUCCAUCAUCAUCAUCAUCAUCAGCGUCAUACCACAUACUCCGUACAUAUGUAUACUAUGCACUCCGAACAUACUCCGUACUCUGCGUAAAUGGAACUGGCGGUCAGAGCCAGCCAUCGUCUUGCUGCCAGCGAGCAAGGACAAGGCGCGUGUACCCCGCUUGCAACCUCUCGGGCUUUACGAGGAGGCCAGUCGAAAAAGGGUCGAUAAUUCCGCCCGAUAUGAUGAAUCACGCACCAAAAUGGCCAAUGAGAACCUCUGUCACUCCCAGGCCAGAGUGCAGAAGACGAGGCGCCAUCCGGUCCCUCGGUUCUCGACCAGCUUGCGACCCCGUCCGAGACCUCUCCACCAAGCACUCCGUCUGAUAUUAAUUACUAGCCAACCGUUUCCAGUAUUAAUAUCUCGCAGGCCGUCUGUCCUCUAA